AUGUUCUAUACACUCUCUCUUUUGGCGCUUUGCGCUACCACGGCUACUGCAUCUUAUGGAAGCAAUUUGAACUACCGCAGUCCUUCGCUUCAUCAUCCCUCCCUGGGUAUUUCUGUACCCAAGGUGCUGAAGAGAACCGACCCGGCUAUUGAGUUCGCACCCGAAAAAUUGAACUUCACUCACGGUGUAGCGUCUGGAGACCCUUAUGCCACCUCCGUCAUCCUAUGGACGAGAUGUUCUCCGCAAUUUGACGAUGUCAACGAUAACAGCACCGUGUCUGGUGACGUGCCACUUUACAACCCUGUUCCAGUUCACAAAGACACAGAUGAACAUAAACCCAUCUCCAAGGCUCCUAUUUGCCUGGAAUUCAAGGUUGCCACAGAUGAGAAGUUCAAGAAGGUCAUCGAGAAGGGAACUGUCUAUACCAGUUCCGAUGUCGACUAUACUGUCAAGGUUGAAGCCACGAAACUAAAGCCGUUUACCGACUACUACUACCAAUUCAACGUCUGUGACUCUGAUAAGAAGAGCCCAAUUGGACGCACCAAGACUGCGCCGGCUGAGGAUGACCUGGUGGAGGAUAUCUCCCUUGCCGUCUACUCAUGUAGCAACUACCCCUUUGGCUUCUUCAACGCCUACGGAAACCCAGUGCGAAAGGAUUCCGUUGACUACGUGCUUCACCUUGGUGAUUACAUCUAUGAAUACCAGGAUGGUCACUAUGGCUCUGGAAAAGACAUUGGGCGAGUUCCAUUACCUGAUCGUGAUAUCUUCACUCUCUAUGAUUACCGCAAGCGUCAUGCCACCUACAGAACCGAUCUUGACUUGCUUGCCAGUCACCAGCGCUUCCCUUGGAUUCCAGUUUGGGAUGACCAUGAGGUCGCCGAUAACACCUACCGUGAUGGUUCAUCUAAGCUUAACAACACGGAGGAAUCCUUUGUUGCAGACGGUGGAAUCAGUACUGACCAGAGAAAGAUGAACGCUGUCCGCGCUUAUUUUGAAUGGAUGCCUAUCAGACAAGUAGAAAUGGACGACAACCUCCGUAUUUGGCGCAACUUCCAGCUCGGCUCCCUUGUUGAUGUUAUCAUGCUUGACACCCGUGUGUAUGAUCGAUCUAUUACCGACCUAACUUGGAAUAAGGGCUACGUUAGCCAACUUCGCGGUGAUGCUAGCCGCAGUUUGAUGGGCUCUCGUCAGGAAAAUUGGUUCUACCGAAACCUCAUCGAGUCUGCCGAGCGAGGUGCUAAAUGGCGUGUCAUCGGCAGCCAGGUCGUAUUCUCCCACUUCUCCCACAUUAACGAGUCUGCUGCCUUUGGUGCUGCCCGUAACCUCAACGAUGAUGCCUGGAGCGGUUAUCAAGCAAAUAGGAACCGCACGUUCAAGACCCUUUACGAUCACAAAAUUCCAAACAAUAUCAUGAUUGCAGGCGACAGCCAUGCCAACUGGGUGAGUGAUCUUGUCUGGCUUGAUGAAGUUCCAUAUGAUCCAAAGACCGGCGAGGGUGCCAUUGGUGUCGAGUUUGCAGGGUCUGCCAUCUCUUCCCCAUCCCCUGCUGGCCACAAAAUAAACCUUGAGAACUCGAUUGAGAAGUCCAAGCUACUCGCAACCACCAACAAGGUCCUGCAGUGGUCUGAACUGUACUACCGUGGCUACUUCGAGCUGCACUUUAAUCAGAAGGAAGUCCAGGCUCGGUUCUUUGGAACCCCCCAUAUCCGUAACCGAAACCCAGAUGAGAUCCCUCUGGCCAACUUCACUGUCAAGGCGGGAGCCAACCGCCUUGACCGCGGCAAGGCAGGUGUUCCUGGCGGUGGCGUGGUAGAGAACGGAUGGCUCAAGGGUGGAAGAGUUGUUCAGACCAACCUGACCAACAACACUGAGAGCGGGAUGUGGCACAUCAACAAGUAGAUAUAGUUAGUUAUUCAUUACACAGCGUACAUAAAAAAAAAUAAACAAAGCAUAAUGUACAUAUCCUUGGCCUUGAUUGCUUUUUUUCGUGUCCAGAGGUUAGUUACCAUAACAAUAUACCACUGUCAACAUGCAUCAAUGCUAUCCCUGGCCCCAGGCAAACAGAAAGAAUCAGAAUGAAUGUAUUACUGCUAACUCUGUCACUAUAGAGACGGUGGUUAGGAAAUACCUAGCUACUCCUUAGAAAACGGCCCAAUCAUUGUAUGGAAACUAGAUUCAACCUCGGAAGAUCCUCCGCCUCAUCGAGUCGGUCGAUAGAAGAUCCGUGAUAAUUGCUUUUUGAUAGCGAGAAACAAGACUUACAAACGUUGCGGCCGUCAAGGAAGAACCACAUCUUAUAAGCAAUGUACUAACCGGCCAACUAGACGAGCCACGGGCGGGACCUUGGGCCUGUUCCCCAGUUCUCAAAUGACGUUGGUCCGUCUCGCUUGCAUCUCGAGUCCGUCACAGCACAUCGACAUGGAUCACACCAGACAGAGAUGGAAGAGAUGGAGAUGGAUAACCUGAUAGCUGGUUUUGGAGUUGUGAGCUAGCAUGCAGCAAUCUGUGAUGCCACAUUCAGGGCCGCAGCCAACCAAGAUUCUCAGACUCGCGGCAGAUCUCAGGAUGCUUUAGCUGCAUGGCCGUUCUAUCGAGUGUGCUGGUCUGAUAGGGAAUCCCUCCCUCCGGCUUCUGGGCCCAGUGGAGUUGUGCUGGGCUUAUACAAAUAUGCGGCGGGCUUGCCUCUAUCUUUUGGUUCUUCCGCUCUGCAUCUCUACUUCC